AUGAUGAGGGUGUUGGAAGGGCGGGCGCAAGAGAAGAUUUCGCUGAGGAUUAUGGAUGAAGUUGGAGUGAUCAUUGGCCAUGAUGGGAUCGGUGUCGUCAGGAGAGACCCUCCGCAAGGGAUACUUGAUCGGAUGAAGAUGAUGAUGAUGAUGGGGUCGUACCGUAACAGCCCGCUCAUCAAUUGGUACCCCAGCUCGGCUGCCGCUGCCGCUGCUGCUGCUGUUGUUGUUGUUGUGGGGGUGGGGGUGGUGGGCGGGCCGGGUGUCGUCCGGUGGCUCGUCGUCUUCGUCAUGUACCAUUGUCGUAACCCGUUCGUCGUCCUAUAA